UCGGCUCCACUCUGCGGCCCCGGCCACUCCGCGUCCUCGUCGUCCCGCGUCCCCGCCGGGGGCCAUGGGCCCGUGUCGCGAGAGCCGUCGCCGACCGCAGGCACCGGAGCCCCGGGGCGGGCGCUGACGCGGGCAUUGCUGCCAACUUCGCGCAGAGCUGCGGGCGGCGCGGGCGGCAUGAAGACGAGCCGCCGCGGCCGAGCGCUCCUGGCCGUGGCCUUGAACCUGCUGGCGUUGCUCUUCGCCACGACCGCCUUCCUCACCACGUACUGGUGCCAGGGCACGCAACGGGUGCCCAAGCCUGGCUGCGGCCAGGGCGGCGGCGCCAACUGCCCCAACUCGGGCGCCAACGCCACAGCCAACAGCACAGCCACCCCCGUUGCUGCGAGCCCGGCCGGCGCGCCCUACAGCUGGGAGGCGGGCGACGAGCGCUUCCAGCUGCGCCGUUUCCAUACUGGCAUCUGGUACUCGUGCGAGGAAGAGCUCGGUGGCCCGGGUGAGAAAUGUCGCAGCUUCAUUGACCUCGCCCCAGCUUCAGAGAAAGGGGUGCUGUGGCUGUCGGUGGUCUCCGAGGUGCUCUACAUCCUUCUGCUGGUGGUCGGCUUCAGCCUCAUGUGUCUUGAGCUCCUCCACUCCAGCAGUGUCAUAGACGGGCUCAAGCUCAAUGCCUUUGCUGCGGUCUUCACGGUGCUCUCAGGUCUCCUGGGAAUGGUCGCACACAUGAUGUACACACAAGUGUUCCAGGUCACUGUGAGCCUCGGCCCUGAAGACUGGAGACCUCAUUCCUGGGACUAUGGCUGGUCCUUCUGCUUGGCCUGGGGUUCAUUUACCUGCUGCAUGGCGGCGUCCGUCACUACGCUCAACUCCUAUACCAAGACAGUCAUUGAGUUCCGGCACAAGCGCAAGGUCUUUGAGCAGGGAUACCGGGAAGAGCCGACCUUCAUAGACCCCGAGGCCAUCAAAUACUUCCGGGAGAGGAUUGAGAAGGGGGAUGUGAGUGAAGAGGAAGACUUCCGCCUUGCCUGCCGCCACGAGAGAUACCCCACCCGGCACCAGCCACACAUGGGAGACUCCUGGCCACGGAGCUCAGCUCAUGAAGCAGCAGAGCUAAACCGUCAGUGCUGGGUCCUGGGGCACUGGGUGUGAUGUGGCCCAAGCGCCCCUGCCUUCCUGCCAUCACUGGCACACCCCUCCCACAGGACAUGGAAGCCUGGUCUCUGUGCUGUGGACUCAGCUCUCCUGUCAUGGAGACACCAGGCCUAGACUGCCACCGCUGCCUGGGUCUCAGGGCCCCAGAAAUGGGUCAAGCGGGCCUGAGGGACUGUCCAGGUGGCACAGAGACUCAGAGACAGCGGCCACCACCACACCUAGAGCUCCACCCAGCUGGAAAGCCAGGAAGAUCAUGGGCAUUGAGCACUGGAUGCUGGACACCCACAGCCAGCCACCAAGUCAAGCGGGUGCCCAGAGGGGCAGGGUCCUGUGGGGACAGGGAGCAGGGCUUAUUGAGGGAGAGGCAGUGUCUGCCUCUGCAGGGGCCACACAGCAGGCGCACAGUAGGGGCUCAAUAAAUGCUUGUUGACUCUGUUCUCUUGCUAUGUAUGGGCUGGCUCCCCCAUCAUUAACUUACCCCAGAGGUAUGAGCCCUGGACACUGAGAUCAGGGCCAGACAUUAUGGAUGAGCUAGAGUCCGGCCCAGCCUGGGGAAGAUCAAGACAGAGACAGGUGGGCAAAGCAGGAAGGGAAGGCCAGGAGCUAGAAGCAGAGCAUGUGUCCAGGAACUUCAGCAAUGUGACACCACCCUGAUCCUGGAGAUGCUUUACCCUGUGUCUAGGGCUACUUUACAUACAACCGCUGGCCCAGCUACGUGGGGAAGAUAACAAUUGCUAUCUAGACUUUGAGAGCUUGGGGUCCAGAGAGGGAAGGUUCUUGCUUGAGAUUAGAGGUGACACGUGGGACAUUAAACCAGACUCACUCCCAAAAGCCUAAUCCUGCCCUGAAGGAUUGGCAGACCCAGGCAGAAUGUGGUCUUCUCCUUCACUCAUCUACCCAUUGCCCAUCCAUGACCCACCAUCCCGCCAGCCAGCCAUUUAGUCAGCAUUCAGCCACUCAUCUGCCCAUCCAUUCAUCCAUACAAGAUCCAUCCAUUCACCAUCCACUCACCCAUCAUCCAGCAUUUACCCACCCGCCCAUCUAUGUAUCAUGACCCUUUAAUCAACAUCCACCCAUCCACUCAUAUAUGGUUUAUCUAUCUAAUCAUUCACUCGUUUAGCAGCAUGUAGCCACUCAUCACCUACCCAUCCCUCCAUCUACCCAUCCAUCCAUCCAUCCAUCCAUCCAUCCAUCCAUCCAUCCGUCCAUCCAUCCAUCCAUCCGUCCAUCCAUCCAUCCAACCGUCCAUCCACCCAUCCAUCCAUUCAUCCAUCUACCCAUCCAUCCAUCCAUACACCCUCAACUAUCCAUUCACCCAUCUAUUAUCCCUUUGUCACUCUCAUUCCCCCUUUGUCAAUCAUCCAUCCACCCAUCCAUACCUCAGCCAUCUUUAUCAUCCAGUUAUCUAUCGGUGCAUCUGUCUACAUACAGGCAUCAUCUAUUGUGCCCCUACUGUGUGCCACACAGUGUGGUAGGCCCCUGAGAUGGGACACUGAAGCUUCCAGAGAAGCAGACAAGGGGUAGAAUGGGAGGUGACAGUUCAGUGUUUGAGUGCUGGGUGUGGUACCUGCUCUGGAGUCAGACUGCCUAGCAUCAGAUCCUGUCUCCUCAGCCCCGGUGGCCUUACCCUGUAGAUGGGACUCUUCACUGUACCUACCUCUUCUAGCUGCUGGGGGUGGGGUGUGGGGAUGGCGCAGACUGGUGCCUGUGAGCCCAGGGAGCAGAGUCUGGACCAUGGAAAGCACCCUGCCAUCAUGUCAAUGGGGAGAGUUGAGUCCAUGGACCUGGGGCCUGUUGGAGACUACCUGAAGGAUUGGUGAUCAAGGAAAUGAUACCCAAGCCAUCUUGCUGAUGUCAGAUUGUGGAAGGAAGGACAGGACAGGAGAAGGCUUUCAAAUGGCCCAAAGACAAGCAUGGAGCAAAAGGAGGUUUGUGGGGAGUGGAACCAGGCUGCAGAGAGGAUUCAAAGCUUCCUCGGAGGACCUGUAGCUUGGGAACAGCUCUGGGCAGGGUGGGACCGGCUAAGGUGAGGUAUGUAGAAAGUCACCGCAGCUCCAGGCUAGAGAUGAUGAUGAGGGCAGGACUCCCGUGUGCUUGCAGCCCUAAGUGGGAGGAGAGUGCUGUGGUUGAGGAAAGAGGCCCAUGGAGGGUCGGGUGGCUGACUCAGGGGCCAUGAGGAGGGAUUGGCAUGGGAGGAGAGGACUUCAGGUGUCUGUUCUGGGUCAGGAGGAGCACCUAGGGGCAAAGGAUGACUACAUGCUUCUGUGUGCAGGUGUGCCUGUGCUCAGAGGGCACCAGAAAACCAGUAUGGGGAGCUGUGGCACGGACCUUUCACAAGUGGGAACCACUGGGCUGGGUCCUGAGCAUGGUCACUGGUCUGAAUCUGACCCUGCCACCAGGAACUCUGUAGGUCUUAGCGGUCAUCCAGGGGCCUUGUGAAGUUGGCCACGGGCCCCAGAAGGUCCAAGAAAUGAUUUUAGUUGCAAAACUGCCAUCUAUUUUAAUAGCUGUGUUUAUGUAAAUGUGUAUUAGAAAACAGUGUAUGGGCGUGUCCACGCUCCAGAUGCAGGCGCUUCUGCGUAGAGUGAACCACAAUAGGCAUUUCAGUAAAAAGAGUGUUGGCUUAAAGAAAAAUACUAAAUAAAUAAUCAUGCAAGUGGUC